AUGCCCACCAUCAUCCCAGGGUGGGAGGCAGCUAAUGCCCCUUACUUGGGUUAUCUGCACUCUUUAGACUUGGUUGCCACCCCAGACAAGAUGGCACCUGCCAACCACCUUCUGAUGCAGGCUGCGACUCAAAACCAAAUGGGCAGGACUGUCUUUAUGAUCAUUGGCGUGGGCCAGGUUCCUCCCAAGUUGGUUGCCCUGCAUGCACCCAUUGUUGCACAGCCUGCACCUCCCAUCCCAACACAAAUUGACCAGCUCCAUUUGAUAUCUUCUCCCUUGGAUCCACCCAUCAUGCAGCACUAUACUGCCAAUCCAACUCUUCUCCCUGGCCCUCUGCCUCAGCCACCUGUGCAGCCUUUGGCUCCUCCAGGCUUAGGCAUGAUGCCUUUAUUUGCCAACAUAAACACCAUUGUGGCAUUUAUGAAAGGCCUGAAUGUGUGCAUUUGCAUCACCCAGGUCAAGCCUAAGGAGCAUGGCACAAUCGACAUCCUCUGCCAUGAUGCAACAGGGGAAAUUGACUUGGAUGUCUGCAGGGCCUGUGACCUUCAAGCCUCCGACAUAGAAGAGGGGAAGAUAUAUGAGAUUUAUAAUGUUGGUGCUAUGGCAUUAGUUCAACAUUGGUGCCCCUCGUUCCAUGUCACCCAGCUCAACUUCAACAACUGGAACAAUGAUGGCUUGAUCCCACUCUAUUUCUUCAACUACCACCCAAUCAUACAGCUUCCCAGCAUUCCAGACAAGAAGAUCAUCAACGUUCCAUGCAUCAUUGCUAACACAAGCAAUGUGAUGCAUGGUAAGGCCCCCAGACAUGCAAGCUUUGGCCAUGCAUCUGCAGCUCCAAUGAUGAGGAUCGACAUGUGGUUGGUAGAUGAUUCAGGUCGCUCUGUUUGUCUUGUAGCUUUCAAUGAGUUCUGGGCAGAGCUGGAGGGGACAGAUGGUUGUGUGGCUCUCCUAAAGAACAUUGCUGUUGAUUGCACCUAUGGAAUGUCCCUGAAGACAGUGGCUUCAUACACAAAAGUCUUCUUUGAGCCUGCCAUCAUUCCAGGCUAUGCUGACCUAACUGCUUGGUGGGAAGCUGCAAAAGACAAUCCUUCCCAAUGGCACCUCCUCAGCACAUCCUGCAGUGCUGAUGGCACCAUUGCUUUGGCCGCCUGCAGCCUCAUGACAGCCCCUCCCAUUGUCAACAUCCACCAAGUUCAUGCGGAAUGCCUUGACCAGGCUGCAAAGGCAAUGACUUUCCACAUUGCUGGCACCCUUGACAUCAACAAGCAGUGCUCAGUGACUUAUGCAGGCUGCGCUACACUGGAUUGUAAUAGGAAGGUGCAUCAAUCCUUCCUUGAUCCAAACAACCUGCAUUACCACUGCCCAACUGGCAAGCAGAGUUUUUCUGUCCCCAUUGCUAAAUACUGUCUUUCCUUCACAAUCAUUGAUGGGAAUAGUGAUUGUGCACCUGCCACAGCUUUCAACACAGCGGCCACCUUGCUGCUUCAAAUCAACAUGGGGACCAUGUAUGAUGUCUUUGCAGAUGAGCAUUGUUACCAGCCAGUUCACUCCUUCAACCUUGGUCAAGCUAUGAUGACAGUGCAUGCCUCCACACCAUCCACAGGCUACUGGAAGGGGAAGACACAAUGGAUUGUGAUGGAGUUCUUUAAUAUGGGUCAUGUGUAUGACCUGUCUCAAAGUUUAGCACAGCCUGUAUCCCUAUGUAGUCUAACAUUCACCAUUGUGUCCUCCUGUUAG